AUGCAACAAUCCAACAGCAACCCAUCACCAACACAGGCCACCAAUAUUCUAAACCAUUUCAUUCAGAGCCAGACUUCUAUUGCCAAAUAUUUCCAAAAUAAUGGAAGUGCACAAGAAUUGGAAUAUUACAAAAAACAAUUUAUUCCUGUUAAUAUCCCGUAUGAUUAUAUUGUUGGAUAUUGUGAACAGGUCAUUACGGGAGGAAGACAAUUUGUGGAAGAAAUUGUUGAAAUAUUUGAGAAGGAUUUUAAAAUUGCAGUGGUGAGAGGAGGGAAUAAUUUGACAUUUAAGAGAUUUGCAGUUAUUUCGGAUAGUCAUUGCGGAGAAAGUAAAUGGUAUACAAAAAUUCCAAAGGUAGACGUUGUGUUGCAUUGUGGAGAUUUCUCACAGAAUGAUCAUGGACCUAAUGAUGUGCAACAGUUCAAUAAUCUGGCUGCUAAAUUGAAAAAUGAUGGGAAAUGUUCUCAAAUAGUUUGUAUAGGAGGAAAUCAUGAUUACCAUUUGGAUUAUAGGAGAAAUAGUUCACUUUCUAAUGAAAAAUCAAUUGACAUGAUCAUGAACCAAAAGAAACAUCCCUUAUUGAGCAAUGUAGAUUAUUACUUGCAAAAUACUUCCAUCAUAUUGGAUGGUUCUAUUAGAAUAUUUGGAUGUCCAAUUACACCAUUUGAUAUGGCUUUUGGUGCUUCAGAUCAUGUAUCAUAUGAUAUCUAUACACAAUGCAUGGACAAUGAUUGUGACAUUGUCAUGACUCAUAAUCCUCCAUAUAAUAUCUUGGAUUUGGCAGGAAUGGGAUCAACACAAGGUAUCUGUCCAACAUGUAAAACAAACCAUCCUCAUGCUGCUCACUGGGGUAAUUUCUGGUUGAGAAAUCAAUUAAUUCAUAGAGUCAAGCCAACUGUUUCAGUAUUCGGUCACGUGCACGAGUGUUGUGGGUAUGUGAAGAAGUCAAUUAAGGAAUUGAAAGAGGAGGAGCAACAGCAAAAGACACUUUUCAAUAUUCAAAACUCUGCGAAUUUAAUUCUUGGAGGUGAUGACAGGACACCAAUUACCUUCUUGAAUGCUGCUGUUGAUAUGUAUUGUAAGGUCUACUUUUUUGAUUUUUACUAUACUAGAGGAUCUAAAUUAUUAAUCUAA